UCUUUGUCCACGCUCGUCGACUUUCUCCAGGAAGAAGCGAUUCGUCUCGGUCCACGUUCAGCUUCUUGCAGCCGAGAGGCGCGCCAGCCGCUUGUCCGCCAAACUCGAAGUUUUUCGGGUGUACGUACACCCGGUGUUGCGCCGCGAGUUAUACGAGAGCGCACAGGCCUCUUUUCCGCUUGUGCGCAAACGUAGGAGGGAACUCGGCUGCGCGUUCUCUCUUGACUUCUCUGCACCUUCUUCGCAAGCGCCGUUCUGCGACUCUGAGCGUCCCCGAACGCUCCUCGUUUCCAGGCUCGUCCGGGCGCCUGUCUUCACACGCGCGAAACAGUGUGUGUGUGCUGUCGACGCAGACCGGCCUUUUUUCCUGCUUUUCGCUCUUUUUUCUCGAGGUUCCUUCGCUUUCCUCCGUCCUCGCCUUCUCGUGUGGCGCCUUAGUCUCCUGAGCUGUCAGAACAACGGAAACUCGCGGCUCUCGUCCCCGCGCGCGCAGCCCUUUCCGCUAGCGACUCCGCUCUGCGCGUUAAAGAACCUUCUACUGUCGUUCUUCUCUCCCGAGAGUCCUUUCUUGUUCUCCCCGUGGUCUCUCUCGUAUUCUCUUUCCUGUUCUCUGUCGCGUAUUCUCUUGUUCUGUCUCGAUUCUCCACCAUGGUCCCAGCACCCGAGCAGACAGGCUCUCAGUCUCCGGCCGCCUCGCCGGCGACAAAUGGAGACGCUGGAAAAGCCAAGGAAACAGAGACCAUCACCGCAGAAAUGGCCGUUGCUCAGGAAACGAUUCCUAUUUGCGAGGUCGCUCAACUGCUGCAUCAACUACGUCUCUCGGAGGAAACGGAACCCCACGCCGAGAGCAAGGAGCGCCUCCUUGAACUCAUAAAGAAACACGACAUGUUGCCUCUGUAUCGGCAAGUCUGCGAGGAGUUUCGCUGGCCUGCGGACCAAGUUCUUGUGCAGUCGAUGGAGGAGAAGCACAAGGAGGAACUGGCGGCGAUCGACAUGCGUCUGGAGGAGGCGAAGGAAAAGUACGGAGACGUCGAGGUGCGCGAGGCCCUGCUAACUCGCGCGAAUUUUUACUGCCGCAUCGGAGAUCUCAAACAAGCGGUGAAGGCGUACGAUGUGGCUUACCAAAAGACAGUCGGUGCCGGAGGAAAGAUCGACAUCACACUGAGUCUCAUUCGCCUCGGCUUCGUUUUCUCUGACAAAGAACUCGUGAAGAAAUACCUUGCCCGCGCAGAAGAAGAACUCGAGAAAGGCGGAGACUGGGAGAGAAGAAACAAGAUGAAAGUCUACAAAGGCCUGCACCUCCUCACCUGUCGCCAGUUCAAAGAAGCGGCGCAGCUGUUUCUGGGUGUGCUAGCCACCUUCCCGACCUGUUCGCUCUUUUCUUUCGAAAAAUUCAUUUUCUACGCGACACUCCUCGCCCUCCUCACGGAGGACCGGUCUGUCCUGAGGGAGCAGCUCCUCACUGCCCCGCCUGUCCUGGAAGGUGCAGACGAAGAACUGAAAAGCUUCCUCAGAGGAUUCUUCUACGGCCGAUACCGCGACUUCAUGUCUCUCCUCUGUCCGAUCGCGCGGCGGGUGAAGUGCGACUUGUAUUUGGGUCGGCACUAUCUCUACUUUAUUCGUGCCAUUCGUCUGAGGGCGUACAGUCAGUUCCUGGAGCCCUACAAGUCCGUCACCAUUGAGAACAUGGCGACGGCCUUCGGCGUCUCGCCGUCCUUCAUCGAGGCCGAAGUCAGCGGCUUCAUCGCGUCGGGGAAACUCAGCUGCCGCAUCGACCGUGUGAACGCCGUCGUCGAGUCCAAUCGUCCGGACGAGAGAAGUCGCUCUUACUUGCGCAUCCUCAAGCAGGGCGACUUGCUUCUGAACAGAAUCCAGAAGUUAUCCAGAGUGAUCGCCAUGUAGAGCGCAAAAGAAGGCAAAGGACUGCCGCCGAGGCGGUUGGAGAGAAGUCAGAUGCACAGCAGAGGAGAGAAAACUCGCAGAAGACGAGCCAGAGGAGGACAGCACCGCAGAAGCGAGAGAGAACGGCGAGAAGACUCGCAGAGGACAGGGGAGAGACGUGGAACCGUGGGGAAGAGACAACGGAGAUGGACUGUUUUCUUUCCGGGUCGACUUUUAAAAGGAGAACGGCGAGAGAAGAGAGCAAGGAAACAGACAAAUCGCGAGUCUCUGACUCUCUGGAAUUGGGACAGAAGCGCACAGUUUUGAUGAGGCCGCUGAAGGGCUGUGAGCGUGUCUGCCGCCGAUGCCUGCGCUGUAUGUACACCACAAUGCAUUCUCUCUCGCGUUUGGAGAACAGGGAAGCGUGUAGGUUUCAUCUUUUUCUCUUUCUUCGCUUUCUCGUGACUCAUCGAACUGGGAUCUUCCAGUCUUGAAGACGCAAAACCACAUUCCUGAGGAAGUUUGAGGCGCGAGAAAUCGCUUUUCAGCAUCUCGGCGACAAGACAGUCUUCGCGCCGUGCUCACCCUGGCCAUCAGGCGACGGAACUUUUCGUUCAAAACGACUUUCACAGUUUAGAGUCAUGUGCUCUCGCUGGCUUUGUUAUGUACUCUUCUCCCGCCAAUUCCUGUUCUUCCUCUGUUCUCUCUUCUCUCUCUUGUUGCUCUCUCUUAACUCUCUUCCAGUGUUUUUCUCUUCGGUUCCGCGGAGACACUCUGGAAAACAUGAGACGCUUUGAAAGAAAUGAGACACUUUGAAAAAA